GUCGUUUAGCUGUCUUAUCCGGUUGGAUAAAUCGCAGAACCCCCAAAAUUCCUUCCUUGUGUUCUUCAAUGUUGUUCAAAUAUUAAGGAAUUUUCUAGCUCAGAAAAUCAUUUAAUUUUGCUGUCUGUAGAGCUACAUAAAUUCAGAAUUUAUAGCAAAUUAGGACAAACCUGUUUAAUUUUCAAUUGGAGUCGUGAAUCUUUCUGAUUGUGGCCGCCGAGUUCUCGUUUGUAAUCAGAAAAGGGAGGUUACAAAUGGUUGUGUGGAGUUGGGAUUUUCCAGCUGUUACACCUUUUUCUCACAUACAGCAUCGCUCACCACUGUUAGGUUCUUGGUCAUUUUGGUCUUCGCGAGCACCGUCAGCUUCUCCCCCGCACCUUCGGCUUCCUCAAGAAAAGCCCAGUUACGAUGACAAGCAUUAAGGAUUGGGUUUUCUCUCAAGUGGUAUCAAAGUCCAUAGGUUCGACCAGACCAUUGUCAGCAUCCGAAAGCUUCUUGUCACAGGAACCUUAUAAUGAAGAGCUUGGAAACCGAGGUUUAAUGCAAACCAAUGCCGAUUUAAUUUCACGGCCAGUCUCUACUGAAGUACCUUGCUCGUCUAGUGAUAUUCAGAUAACUGAAAAUGUCUUGUCACCGUGUGAGGAAAAUUCUUGUGGAUCUAAUCUUAGCACCCAGGAAAAGAAGUUAGACCCUCUCCAAAAGGUUGAAGCUCUACAAAUUAAAUUUUUGCGUCUUCUUCGACGACUUGGUCCAUUGCAAGAUAAUCUUACAGCAGCAAAGGUUUUAUAUCGGAUCCACCUGGCAACUUUGAUUAGAGCUGGGGAAUCAGACUUAGAAAGAGCUAAUCUUGAAAGUGAUAGAGCUCAAGCGGUAGCUAGAGAGCAAGAAGAAACUGGUCUUCCUGAACUGGACUUCUCUCUUAAGAUACUUGUUUUGGGAAAAACUGGUGUCGGCAAGAGUUCCACAAUAAAUUCCAUACUUGGUGGAUCGAAGGUGACGACCAAUGCAUUCCGGCCUGCUACAAAUAAAGUUAAAGAAAUUGUGGGAAUUGUGAAUGGCAUCAGGGUAUCUUUUAUUGACACUCCCGGUCUGUUGCCCACCUCAACAAAUUCUGACAGUAAAAAUCGGAAAAUUUUGCACUCAGUCAAGCGUUUUAUUCGAAAAUCACGUCCGGACGUUAUCUUGUACUUUGAACGCCUUGAUUUGAUUAACAUGGGUUAUUGUGAUUUUCCAUUGUUGAAGCUUGUAACUGACAUCCUUGGCCCUGCAAUUUGGUUCAGCACCAACAUUGUUAUGACUCAUUCCUCUGCCGCCCUUCCUGAAGGUCAGAAUGGGUAUCCUGUAAGCUAUGAUUCUUAUGUCAGUUAUUGCACACAGGUGGUGCAACACCAUAUUCACCAGGCAAUAUUGGAUACGAAACUCGAAAAUCCUGUAAUUUUGGUGGAGAAUCAUCCCUACUGUAAGGUGGAUAACUCUGGGAAGAAGAUUCUGCCUAAUGGACAGGUAUGGAUGACGCAGUUCAUGUUUUUGUGCAUAAGCACCAAAAUUCUCGGUGAUGUUAAUACUCUUUUGGAAUUUGAAGAUAGUAUAAAAUUGUGCCCAUUGGGUAAAUCUCGGUCGCCAUCUUUGCCUCAUCUGCUCUCAUCUUUUCUAAAACAUCGUGUCAAACUGACCCCGGAUGGAGCAGAUGAUGAAACCAAUGAACUCUCAUUUUAUGACACUGAGGACGAAGACGAAUAUGAUCAAUUGCCACCUAUCCGCAUUUUGACAAGAGCCCAGUUACAGAAAUUGACCCCUUCUCAGAAAAAGGAUUAUCUUGAUGAGCUGGAUUACAGAGAGACCCUUUAUUUGAAGAAACAGCUGAAACAAGAAUAUAUCAGAAGACAGAAGAAAGACAAUGAUGCCGUGGCGUCUGAUGGUAAUCCAGAUUAUCCUGAUGGACCUCCAGAGGCAAUUAUGCUCCCGGAUAUGGCUGUCCCACCAAGUUUUGAUUCAGAUUCCCCUGUCCAUAGAUUUCGCUGCCUUGUCAUGGGUGACCAGUGGCUUGCAAGACCCGUUCUGGAUCCGCAUGGAUGGGAUCAUGAUGUAGGCUUUGACGGAAUCAACAUUGAGAUAGCUGCGGAAGUAAGGAAAAAUAUCAUUACCUGUGUUUCAGGACAAAUGAGCAAGGACAAACAAGAUUUUAGUAUUCAGUGUGAAUCAACGACAGCUUUCUUAGAUCCUACAGGACCUACCUACAGUCUAGGUUUGGAUGUUCAAUCUGCUGGAAAGGAAUUAAUAUGCUCAUUCCGCAGCAAUGCAAAGCUGAAGAGUUUCAAACACAACGUCACUGAAUGUGGUGUUUGUGUGACAUCCUUCGGGGAUAAGUACUACUAUGGCGCCAAGAUCGAAGACAGCAUCUCAACUAAAAGGAGGCUGAAUUUUAAGAUGAAUGCUGGCGGAAUAACAGGAGCUGGACAAGUCGUGUAUGGUGGUGCUUUAGAAGCCAUUUUAAAAGGGAAAGACUACCCCAUCAGAGAUGACAAAACAAGUCUGUCAAUGACAUUAUUAUCUUUCAAGAAGGAGACCGUUCUCGGUGGGAAUAUACAAUCUGACUUCAGAUUGAGCCGAGGUACAAGAAUGUCAAUAAACGCCAAUGUCAAUACCCAGAAAAUGGGCCAGUUAUGUGUAAAGAUGAAUAGCUCUGAGCACAUGGAAAUAGCUCUACUUGCUGCUAUCUCUCUGUUGAGAAGUCUGUUGCAAAAAAAGGCAAAAAACAAUAUUAGCAGUCUGGAAACUCUGGAAACUGGCUGACAGUUUUCACAUUUGCACGAUUGUGGCUGUGGAGAUCGGCACUUAAGAGUUCUUGAGAUCUAACUCCGGAAUGUGGGAACAAAGAGUAUAUAGUCCUUUGUCAAGAAUAUAGUAGAUUUCAACCAAGAAGCCCUGUUGACGAAAGGGUGUGAAGGUCUAAUUCGAUUUUGUAGCCUGUUAGCUAUAUAGGACAGCUUGAUGGAUAACAUUCAACAACCAUUCUUCUACAUACAGCAGGAACACACUGGUGUUCUUUUCUUUUCUUGUAUAUGGAACAUUGUUUCUGAGGGCGACUAAUGCUGGUCUAUGAUGUUACAGCGAAUAUAGAUUUUCGAAAUACGUUUACAGUCUUA